UUUGUUUGGUCCUUUUUGAAGUUGAGCCCAGUGGCGGGACUCCACGGCGUAGACCUCUCUCCUUCUGCCCUUGCUGUGUCCAGGAAGGCAUGGGCAAGAAGGAUGACCCCAAGCUGAUGCAGGAGUGGUUCAAACUGGUACAGGAAAAAAAUGCCAUGGUGCGCUAUGAAUCAGAACUGAUGAUCUUUGCCCGAGAGCUAGAACUGGAAGACCGGCAAAGCCGUCUGCAGCAGGAGCUACGGGAGCGCAUGGCUGUGGAAGAUCACCUGAAGACUGAGGAGGAGCUAUUGGAGGAAAAGAAGAUCCUGAAUGAGAUGCUAGAGGUGGUGGAGCAGAGAGACUCCCUAGUGGCCCUUCUGGAGGAACAGCGGCUCCGGGAGAGAGAGGAGGACAAGGAUCUGGAGGCCGCCAUGCUGUGCAAGGGCUUCAGCCUGGACUGGUCCUGAGCCUGGCCUGUCCUUGCCCUUGGUGGAUUGGCAUCCAGCUAACCUGGCUGCAUUCUCCCAAACUACGUGGAUCAAGAUGCAGGAGCCUGGCAUUCCCUGGGAGUUUGCACUCAGACACACACGUGCUGGUGUGCUAUGGGAAGACCCUCCCAGGUGAUGAUGAUUAUCUGAGGUGACGCCACCUCCUGGGAGGAGGCCACUUGAACUUCCUGCUCUGGAGGGAGGAGCAGGGUGCAUUUGAUGUAUGCUGCAGAGAGAACUCCAAAUGGUCCCUGAUGAUGCACUGCCUGGUGCCUCUUCUUUCCGCUGGCACAUUUGGUAAGAGAAGGAGACAGCUCCCUCUCUUCAAAGCCACCACCACCACAAAGAGCACCCACGGAGCAGGGCAGCCGUCUUCAUGUUCCUUAAAGCACCACCAAAGAAAAAGACACUCCGCGAAAGCAAGAUGUGGAUGGAAACUAGGGAGGGGCAAUGCCCCUCUGAAUCAUUAUGCAAGUUAGGGUGCAGUAGGGGAUCUGUCCCCAGCCCUACACCACAUACUCCACCCCCAGUGGCCAAAUGCCCCAGGCCUCUCACUAGCUGUGACCUGAGGCCCAUGGAUUGCUGCAUUUUGCUUUAGUUCACAACCAUUUUGACACUGGAAAGUACUGACUUUGGGGAGCCAGGGAGGCCCCACAUGUCAAGUGCCCCGUUGACAGACAGGCAUUGUCCCUGUCAGUACCCACGUUGGGCAGAAGACCUUUCUAGACAUUUUCCUGUGUUUGCACAUUGAAACAAAGCUGAUGACCCUGCUAGACACUCAGCCACUUCGGACCUUUUUGUCAGUUAACUUAUUUUUUAAUACUUGAAGCAACUUCAUUUUUUAUAUCUAUACUAGAGACACUGAUCACCUGGCACCUGCAUAUAGGAGUGACAGAGAAGUCUCUGCUACAUCCCAUGCAGUCUGAUCCCAAACUGAACACUUGUUACACACCUCUAUUUAUUAGCUUUCUUCAUGACCUGGUUGACAUCAGGAAGCAGCUCAGGAACCUCCGGGUCCUUGCGCACAGCUUGUCUGGCCCCUCCUGUUGCUGUCUGGCCCCUUCCUUCACCCUGCACUCUGCUCUUCUGUGGCACUGGACUUCUGUAUUAGAACACUCACUUGCCCAGGAUGUAUUUCAGCACCAUGGGAGACCAGGCAAAGGUGCCACUCUGGUCUCUGCCUGUUCGGUUCUUGGCUCUGUAGAACCCGUUUUUUUCCCCUGUUUUGGUGCCAGGAUUUUACUUCCCUGCACACAUAUGAUGAAAAAUGUUUGAGGAUAAGCCAUCUGAUGGCUGUCUGAAAUCGUGUGUGGCUGGACCUUGUCAUUAGUCUGGCUGAUGAGGAUGCCCUUGCUUGAGCCACACAGGAAUGUUUGUGCCACCUACCACAGGUCCUGGGAUUUAGGCUGGUAUCUCAGACAGACAGACUCUGACUCCAGACUCUGUUCCCUGCCCUAUACUAGGACCUUCUUGGCUUGGCAAGGGCUAAAUAAGCAUGAUGUAACCAGAUCCAUGAGCCAAAAUAUUCAUUUCUGUUUGUAGCUCAUCGAGCCACUGACUGAUGAAUUUGGAGGCCUAGGUGCUUGUCUAUGAGAAGAAUCAGUGUAUGGUCAGUACAGGGAUGAGUCCAUCAGUACCAGACCAAUCAGAAGGGGCACUUCAGCCACUCCCCGUGGGGAAGGGCCAGUGUAGAGAAUAGGCCUUCUGUGGCAGCUCUUCAAAGCAUCCCAAGGCAGAGCAGGCCAAUGGCCCAGGCUGACCUUGGACCUUCCCACAGGAACCACAUUGUGCCUCAACUUGAACAUUCAUUCUAACCACAAAGGAGCAAAGAACCUGUCUUCUUCGCUUUCUCUAAGAACUGCCAUCUCUCCUGUGGAAAUCCAGAUGUGCUGCUAGCAACCAUCACAGCUCCAGCAUCUUUACUUCUUUUCUAACAAAACAGUGUCUCCAUUUCUGUUCUCUCCAAAAGGAAGAGAAGAGGGUGUUCUGGAUUCCAUCUUCAACCCCAAUCUGCCAAUCAAACUGGACUUUGGACAGGACCUUCACUGCCUGUGUGGCCUUUUCCCUAACCCUGUCCUCUCAGAUGCCAUCUGCAAACCCGUAGCAUUGCCUGCGUUCCUGUCACUCCUGCUAACCCAGAACAAGGAAGCCAUUUCCAAAGUUACUGGUAAGGGAUGGGGAAGUAGUGCUGUGCUUCAAGUGGCCUUGUGUAGCGGAAACACCAGUUGUUCUCUUCGCCUCUUGCCGCUGCCCAGUCCUGGUCGGCCAUGACAUCGCUGUGUCCUCCAAAGCACACACUGCUGCCUGGAGUCACUCAGAAGGGGACUGAAGACUGCAGAGAGACCCCAGAAGUCCACCAGCCUGCGAAACGUGCCCCAGCUCCACCCUGACAGUGCUAGGACUUCAGUUCUCCUAGAGCACUUUUUUAAAGCUCCCAGUUUGUAACCACUUGUUUGCAAUACAUUUUAGUAGUCUGGAGACUUGUUUUCCACCUCUGGAAAUGCAUGCAGCUCCAGGCAGAUGUUCUUUCCGAGAAGUCUUCCCUUGAAGGCAGGGAAGCAGGGUAUGUGUACACAUACACACAGGUAAGAUGCAGAGUUCAUUCAAGCGAAUUCAAAUGCAGUGGAGACCCAUACUCUGCAUAUCAAAGGGGGCAGGAGAAGGCAGCCCCUACUCCUGAGUUUGAGGCUAACUGGCAGCUCUGUGUGGGAUUUUAAUCCUGCUCAGUUGAUGUCUUUGGGCUUUUGCCUCAGCAGCCAUCCUCAAGCUGAUUUUGACCAGCAGAGGUAGAUCAUUUCUUAACCCUUUCACAAGAGAAGACAUUUUUCAGUGGGGCAGGAAGAAAAAUGAAUUAGGAAAAAAAAUUAGGGGCUAAGGAUCCUAGCUCAGUGGUAAGAGUGUAUGCUUAGCAUGCAUGAAGCUCUAGGUUCAAUCCCUAGCACCAUACACACAAAAAAAAUUAAAAGCUGGUAAUAUCAGACCCACAAAGGGGAAUGGUCUGUUUUA